GAGAACUUCAACUUGGAAAAGAAAAACAGUGCACGAUCACCCCUGGUAGGAGGAGAACGUGUCGGUCUCUCUAUAUUUUUUUUCCUGGCCGUGGGGCACAUUUCCUUUAACGUCUCUUAGUUCUGUUGAUGUCCAGCGCUGGAGUCGGGUAGUGACCGGUGUGCUUGCGAUUAUUCCCUUUAUUACACAGUGAUCGGUUUCCCCUUUCCCGAGGAUUUCAGUGUUUGCUCAUUGAAGAAGAUUGUUGCCUUUCAUUCAUUUGUUUUGAAAUUGAGAAGAGAGGGAGAGGAGAGAAGAGAAGAGAGAGAAUUAAAGAGGAGUGUUUGUGGAUUGUGUUGAAUCAGGAUGCCCGGAACGUCCCGUGGUAAGAUGCGGGUAUCCUAGUGGGUCCUUCCUGCUGCUGCCCGCCCUCUCGGGGAGAGCUGUCCGAAACCCUGGAGAUCAACCCAUUUUGCUUUACUUUUUUAAAUAAAAGCGAAGCAAAAAACUGCAUCUGCUACGAGAGAGCAUCCCGCUCGCUUUUCUUCGGUUAAAGAUUAAAUGUCGUGGAUAAAGAAAGAAAUGGCAGAAUGUGAGAUGGCAAGACGGUUUGAUGCCGAGGACUCGGAGGGUUCCAACGAUGCCAUGUCACCCUCCAAAGCCAAGGAUGGAAUGGUGAACAACAUAACACUGUGGCAGUUCCUACUGGAGUUACUCCUCAGUAACCAAUACAAACACAUCAUCACGUGGACGAACUCGGAGGGGGAAUUCAAGCUCCUGAACGCCGAAGAGGUGGCUCGCCUGUGGGGUCUCAGGAAGAACAAGACCAACAUGAAUUAUGACAAACUCUCUCGUGCCCUCAGGUACUACUACGACAAGAACAUCAUCAAGAAGGUGCUCGGACAGAAGUUCGUCUACAGAUUUGUGUCUUUCCCGGAAAUAGUCAAAACUGAGAGCAAAAUUCCUUUCCAUGUCAAAAUGGAAAGCUUAGGAACUAACAACACCUGUAAACCUGCUGGGGGGAUGUCUCCUUAUUCUCCCGGGGCUUCCAGUCUCCAGCCAGGUGCUCCAUCUCCUUCCAGCAGUAGUCAUCAUGGGGGAUCACGCCUUCCAUCACCAGCACAUGCGCCCCCACAUCACCUUGCCACUCCUCCUCCAGCACAUAUUGGCUCAUAUACCUCUAUAGGUCCAUUGGCACACAUGUAUUCGACAGCAUUUUCUCAUAUAGCUGCUGCUAGUUUAGGUGGUUAUUUGUCUGCACUGGCUAGAAGACCAGAGCCUGAGACUCCAACCACUCCAACUCAACCUCCCUCAUCUUUAUGGCCACCUGAUUUUGGUCAUCGUUCUCCUUCACCUCCCUCAGAAGAUUCAAAGGAUGGAAUUUUAUCUGCACCACUACACUUGGUAACAGAAGAAGCCAGUCGUCGUCGCAGAGAAGAAGAAGCAGAGGAACGCAGGAGAGAAGAACAGCGUCGUCCUCGUUCUCGCUCUCCUCAGUCACACUCGCCAUAUGCACAUUCACCUGUGCAACGGAUGAGGUCUCCUAUACGCCCAAGAUCACCACUACCAUCGCCCCCACCUCUUUCACCUCUUACCCCUCCACCUAUACGAGAGCACAGAACACCUUCCAUUAGUGUGUCAGCUGCAGCUUCUUCAGCAUCAUCUACUCCAUCUAUUGCAGGGAACAAAUCUGGAGUGGGCAAGGUACGGUCUGGACCAAAGCCAAAGCCUUCACCAUUAUCUAUAGAAGCCAUUACGGGUUCACCUCCAGUCUUAUCACCACGACAGUUUUCAGCAUCUAGCUUAAAUACUCCACUAGUGAAUUUACCGUCGCCACCAUACAGUGGUGUUGGCACAAAAUCACCAUACUUACCACUACAUUUGUGGUCCAGUCUGAGCCCACUAGCUAGCCUAAGUCCUCACUACGGGUCUCCACGAAAUCAACAUCAUUUCACUUUUCCUGCAUUACCACAAUACUCGCCUCUCCCACCACCAGUAGUAUCCCCACUUCUCCCUACUACAGCAUUUGAUUUUUCAGCACUAACGUCACCUUCAGAAAGAACAGCCUCUGUUCCUGUUCAACAAUGACCUGAGGCUGUCCAUGCUACUCGGCCCUCCCACUCCCCACGUUCUACGCCCCCAGUAACCACCACUACCACAUCUAGUGCCAACAGUAUGCCAUCCAGGUAGCCUUGUUGGAAUAUAGGGUGAAAUAAGUUACUAUAGAUUGAGUUGCUUGUGCCUUUAUUCAGAAUGUGGUGCCUGUGGACUCAGUACAAAUACAGUAAUGGUCGCAUGAAGAUAUUACACAUUUUCUCCGACUUUACAUUUGUUAAUACAGUAAAGGGCAGUGGCAUGGACACACAAAUACAUUUGUUAAAUAUAGUACUGUAUUAUGUUAGCCCAUGUACCACAAACCACAACUUGUGUGGGCACAAAGAUUGGCGCUGACAUAAUUGCCAUAACCAACUAAUCAUUAGGCAAACUCAGCAGUUUUGCAUUUUGCUACAAAUUCAUACUACAGCUCAUUAUUUGGGGAUUACAUAUAGAAUUUCUAAAGGUCACCAAACCACAGACAACAGGGCAUUUUAAUUUAUAUUAAUCAAGAAAAUUAAAUGCAUUAUUUUAUAUAAUGGCAGUGUUUUGUUAAUAUGUUAAAGGUGCAGUUUUGACACACAGCAUAAACUGAAAUGAAAUUCAGUUUCAUCUGUAGCAUGAUUUAUGGUAGUUGUCCUGUUUUGAGAACUUGAUGGGCAUCAAGCAGGAUCUCAUAUUUGUGUAAGUGUCUGUUGAGACUAUGUAUAGUUUAAUGAAUAUUGUUGGUUUUUAAUUCCCAAUGGUGCUUUCAACAUAGGCCCAUACAGUAAUAAUUUAGGCUUCCAGACAACAGUGGCACUUUACUCUACAGUAAGAGGCAUUAAUUUCAUCCUCAUCAUACAUAAAUUCAUCUUCAUACUUGGCUGCAAUAUCAUGAAGUGACCAUCAGUGAGGUUACAAAAGUACUGUGCACUAUUGUAUUCAUUGUACUAGUUCGCAUUACUUGACUUAAUCAGUUGCUUCAGUAUCUUGAAUAAUGAUCAGGAUCUUUUAAUAGUUCUUAUUUAAAGUAUAUGGUUCUGGGGCAGAAUUAUAUUUUGAUCUUUCAAAAAAUGGUUAAUAAAGAUUGUACUUGGUUAAUUUACACUGAUGAGUACCUCUCCAUAGCUGUAAUUGCAUAUCACACUUCAGUUGCAUUGCAAUACAGGGCAGUUUUAUAAUUCUUGACAUCUUGGGUAAAUUGUGAAAAAGUUUUCUCUGUGAGAAUCUAUUAAUUGUGCUUCUUUCAUUGUGUGCUGGCGCACAAGCAGAAGCAGAUUUUUGUAAAAUAGAUCCUUGUUGAUGUACAACACAGCAAAGUAUGGAAGACUUCAUAAAAUCAAGCAUAAGUGCACAAACACGAAUCAAAAGAUACUACAAGUAAAAUUUCAUGGAAAUUUUCAAGAAAUUAAGAUAAAUUACAAAUUAUCAAUGGUGUAUUGUGGGAGGUGAAUUACAACGUCUUGAAGCAUGUAUCUCAGUUGAAUGGUCCAAGUCUACACUAGAGGUCUUUAAUACCCCCUUUGAACACAUGAACAGGCAAGUGCUAGUGUUACCUUUAGGCAAUUGAACAUAAACCAAGGGUCUCCCACUGGUCAUUGCGGAACCACAGCAGUUGAUAAUUCAGUCCGAGAGGUUGGUAAAUUCCUAGAGCCAUAAAGAAUGCUGGAAAUGCCAGGGAUCACUUGAAUAACCUGACAUUGUUUUAAGAAUUUUAUGUAUAUAAAAGGUGAAUAUUUCUGACUUUUUUUUAUUUUUUUUUGCCAUAUUUUACAGGAGCACAAUGACAAUGGCAGUAUCAUAAAUUAUUAGUUGGUAUGGCUAUACUGACUUAUAUUAAUAUGUCUUUUCACAUGGAUGUACUUGCAGUUUAUGUAUGUAAAGUUUAUUACUGUUAACUAUAGUUCACCAUUAGGCUAGAAUAUUGAAACAUUGAGAAAUAAUUUAGCUCAGCCUUGGAUUCUGUUCAAAUUUAUCCUCAACUCUAGGCUGUGUAUCCUGCCCACAUCAUCAUUCAAGUACUCUGAUAUUAGUAGAAUAUUCAUGGAAACACGUGUACUAUAGGAAGAGUAAUAGCUGUGGAAGUAAUAAGAAAACAAAGCUAAAAUGGACCAUUGAUAAGAAAUAAUGAAACUAAAAGGCAAAGAAAUUUCUGCCCAUGAAUAGGAAAUUAUUAUAUUGCUUAUAUUUUUUUUAAAGAAACCUGCAUCAGUGCUAGGAGGGAUCAGAGAUGUCAGAAAGUGGUUGAUCUAAAAAGAUAAAAAAAAAAAAAAUUAAAUCUAGAUCAACUUCAGUGUGCAGCUUCAGCCAUCAACACACCUCCUAAACCCCAAAUCUGCAGACUUUCUUGGGCAUUUUCUAUUUUAUUAUGUUUUGGGGCUUCAAAUGUAAUUUUUUUCAAGUUAAAUUUUAUCUGAGAUACAAGAAAUAAAAUUCUGUACAAAGAUUUCCUAUUUCAUUGUAAAUGAAUAGGUUACAAUCAUUUAGUAAGUUCUCAAAGAUUUUUUCUGAAGAUUCAGGUACCCACAGGAGUUGCUUGCGUCUCAAUCUUCCAUACUCUCUAUGCUACCACUUGGAACAGUUAACUGCUUGUUUUCUAUGAAAGAUUUUCUUGAUUUUCUUCAAACUGCAAGAGCUAUUGAUUUGAAUAUUGAUUCUUUUUUAUAAUAUUCAUUUAUUAUCUUACUAUGAGAGUAAUCAUCCAUAAUCUUUUAUAACUGUACUUAUUUGAUGUUUUGCAAUGCCAUAAAAUAUGGAAAUCACAUAUUCAAGCCUAAGAAAAUAUACAAGAAUCGUUCUAAACUUGCUGCAAUUAGAUAAAAUAUGCUGCAAUUAGAUAAAAUGUUAAAUAUAUCAGGUAUGAAAGUGAGAGGAAGUCCUUGACUAUUUGCUGCUAUAGAUGUUAAUACAAAUGAGAUAGUAAGGUUGUAUUAUAGUAUUUUUCAUUGAAAUUAUAUUCUGGCUCUUGCACAGCAUGACAAUUACCCUCCUUGAAGAAUUACAAAACUGCUCCUUUCAUUUUCAUGUACUGUAGUUUGAAUCAUGGUCAUCCAUUUUUCAAUCACAUGGUUCUUCAUACCAUUUAAAGUGCUACUUGUUACAAAAUAUCAGGUUUUGUUAUUUCAACAAGAUUAUCGAUGUUCAGACAUUGAUCAAAUGUAAUAACAAUCUUAGCAAUAGGAAACACAGUAAUAGUGUGUGUUAUUUUGCAAUUAUUGUUGGAUAUUGAACUGUGAUAUUGCAGAAUAAUGACGUCAUUUGUACAACAUUCCUAAAAUGAGACCAGUUGACUGUUGGCCAGUGUUGGAGUGACGUAAUUUAAAUAAAAAAUUUCAUUUUCAAUGUUACUGACAUGGCCAUUCCAUUGACCUAUAGGGUUUGUCCAUUGGUAUUUUUAUACUGUAUUGUUGGAUGGAAUGAGAAUGUUAUGUUCUAUUUUGUAUGUUUAAAGGAUUGUAUUGUAAAUUUUUUCAAAUUAUAAAUGCCUUAUGUAAAUAGAUGUACAUGACUUAGAAAUAAGUUUAGUGCUUGUAAUUGUGUUGUCCUGACAAGAGCCUCCAUAGGGGUGAGGUUACAAGAGGAGAUAAUUAAAUUUAUUUUGAAAUUUUUUCCUCCCUUAAAAGUUAUUUCUUUUUUAGUGAUUAAGAGAAAAUGGGCCACUCAGUGUAUCCUCACCCUACUCCAAACUUGUCUUAACUAGACUGGGCCAAGAAAACUAGUGCAGUAUUCUGUAUUAAUGUAAAUACCUCGGGGACUUCAUAUUCCCAGUCACUUUAAAGACAUCCAUGUUAGUGCAGAGAAACUUAAGUUAAGAGCAUGUCUCAUUCACACUGCACAUAUUAAGCAUGUGCAGUAUAAAGUAAGAGGCCAGCACCUGGGUCUCUUUUGUACUGAUGGACCUGAGCUAUUCUGUGCUAAGUUUUACACAUGGAAAAAGCUGACUAAUGUGUAAAUUGUGCCAUAAAUGCACCAAACACCUCAGGAUUUGUACAAUUACAUCUGCUAUCUGUUGUUAUAUUAAGACAUUGAACUACUGUAACUAGAAAAUGUAAAAAGAAUUAGAUGUAUAUAUAUUUUUGAUGAAAGAACAUUAUUAUACAGUACUGUUACUUUUUAAGAGAAGGAACUGCUCUUGAAGCUUUCACAGAAAACUAUUACCAAUGCUUUGCCUUAUAUUUUUAAUAACACUAAACUAGUGCCAAACCCUAUGUCCAAAAAGUAAUGACAGAUUUGCAGCAUUAUUUAGUUUUUUCAGGUAAGAUGAGUAGUUAUGCCAAAUAAGUCUGCCAUGAAGAUUUGAGUUGGACAAAUCAAUAAUUUACAAAACUAAAAUUACAGUAUACAUAAUUUUUUAUUGAAAAGAAAAUUGUAUAAAAUGUCAAUGGAGGUUGCAUAGCUCAAAUAUUUUUAUUGUACUCCCUUUGUGAUAUAAUAGUGCCAUUUGAAAAUAAAAUGGACGAAAUUA